AGCAUCCACACAGGCUUUUCCCUAGAUUUUUUUUCUUUCUUCUUUCACCAUCUGUGUGUCCUCUCCGGCAGUGAAAACAAUGGCCACGCCGAGUCUGCUCUUCACUGUAUCCGUGUGGCUUCUGGCUGGGAACCUCUUCUUAGCGGAGGCGACCUACUACCGGCACCACCGCUUCAUCCCCCACUACCGCUACCGCGAACACUCCGCCAACACGGAAAAUCUCCUGCCUGAGGUCUCCAACCCGGUGCCUGAAGCCUCCCAGCCUGACGUGCAGACUUACCCUGAGAUUCCCGAGGUUUUCCACCCGGCACCCGAGGUCCAUCCCAUUCCCGAUGCUUUCUACCCGGUGCCCGAAGUCUACCACCCCGCACCUGAGCCUUACCACCCACCUGAGGUUCCCCACCCGGCACCUGCAGCCCCUAACCCCGCCAACCAGAGUCGCAUUUUCUAUGGGAUCAUGUUCGACGCCGGCAGCACCGGCACCAGGAUCCACAUCUAUAAGUUCAUCCAGAAGGACCCAGUUGAGCUGCCGGUUCUGGACAAUGAAAUGUACCAUGCGGUGAAGCCUGGUUUGUCUGCUUACAAAGACAACCCUGAGGAGGGUGGCAACACCGUCAGACAGCUGCUGAAGAUUGCCAAGAAAACAGUGCCAGAGGAGGACUGGAAAAAGACCCCAGUGGUCCUGAAAGCCACAGCAGGUCUGCGUCUGCUGCCUGAAGACAAGGCCAAUGCUCUUCUGGAUGAGGUGCGAGAGGUUUUUGCUGAGUCCCCUUUCUAUGUGCCAAACAACAGUGUGUCCAUCAUGAAUGGAACAAAUGAAGGAGUCCUUGCCUGGGUCACGGUGAACUUCCUCACAGGUCACUUAUAUUCCAAUACAAAGAGGACAGUGGGGAUCCUGGAUUUGGGUGGAGGAUCUACACAGAUCACUUUCCUCCCCAAGUCAAAGAAAACAGUUUACACUGCUCCAUCGAGUUACAUCGCCAAAUUCAACAUGUUCAAUCAUACCUAUCAACUCUACACACACAGCUAUCUUGGAAAUGGACUAUAUGCGGCCCGACUGGCAACUCUCGGAGCACUAGGAGCUGAUGGUCUAGAUUGGAAAGUCUUCACUAGUUCCUGCCUACCCAAGAAGUUCAGAGAGGAUAUUACUUUUGGAGGAAACAUCUACAAAGUUAGCGGUAUUCCAGAUGGCUAUGCAGGCUACAAGCUGUGCUACUAUGAAGUGAUGAAGGUUAUCAAGGGAAUCAUCCACCAGCCUUAUGAAUUAAAGGGCAGCAGCAUCUUCUAUGCUUUCUCCUAUUACUAUGACAGAGCAGUGGAGUCAGGUCUCAUUGAUGGCUCCCGAGGUGGUGCACUUGAAGUCAGGGAUUUUAAGAAGAGAGCCAAGGAAGUGUGCAACAAGAUGACCAAGUACCGUGCGAUCAGCCCUUUCCUCUGCAUGGACAUGACUUAUAUCACCUGUCUGCUAAAGGAGGGCUUUGGCUUCAAGGACAACACUGUUCUGCAGUUAACCAAGAAGGUGAACAACGUGGAGACAAGCUGGGCCCUGGGGGCGACUUUUGACCACUUCCGUAACCUCAACAUCCACUAAGGGCAGCUCACUGUCACAGCGGCAGGCACUGAGAGGGACCGCCGCUCACUGUGCGGCCUCCCUUCUUCCAUCCACCCUUGAUCAGCCCCACCACACUCCUUCCUCUCCUCAACCUGCAAAUACUCCCAAGAACUGUUGAAAAAGAAAUCACUAUAUUUUUAUAAGGCCAGCUAUUUCUACUGUA